AUGGAUAUAUCUGCUUCACUCCAAGCCAAUAAUGAACAGCUAUACGCCCUCUGGUCUGAAAACUCGGGUCUGGUAGUGUCCUUACAGACGACGUUGCUUGACCAGAUACUGCCAAAUGUCGUAGAUGAACUCGAAAUCGAUCCGGAGGAUGUGAAAGGCGCAAGAGAAUGGUUACAGGAUGUCGGCUCUGUCUUUCGUAUGUUAAAGAGGCACAAGUUCACGAGUGCGUUCGCACUGGAAACGAUGCGUACCACAAUCCUUUGGCGCCUGACCAAUAUUCCAAGACAGCCACCCACUAGUCGACCAUCGGACCUUAUCUACUGUCUGGCCCCGCCCACAAGUGAUACAUUUGGUCGACCUGUGCUCAUACUUCGCCUUGCCAGCCUGAACGAUUCAUCCGAUUCCACGAAAGGCUACCUUAUCUAUGUAAUUGAGACUUUGCGAGGACACUUACAGGACAUUAAUUCAGAAAUGCGGACCGGCGAAAAACGUCUUAUCCUGCAAUAUACCCUUAUAGUCGAUAUGCAGGAUGUAUCCAUGCGGAACAUUAAUCUUGAUCUUUUAAAGUGGUAUAUCCGAGAAAUUGUCCCCCGCUUUCCAGGAAUGCUAGCUGCAGUUUUCGUGAUCAACUUCUCAUGGACUCAUGCAAGCCUAUGGAAUCUUGUCAAGCGCAUUCUCCCUGAACCUGCACUUUCCAAGGUGCUAUUCCCUACCAUGAAGGGUUUGCAUGACGUAGUCCCGACUUCGUCACUUCCUCAGGAAUAUGGAGGACAGCUUCCAAAGCUCAAGGACGUGACAAAUAUCGUCACCAUACCUGAUGAACCCUCAUCGCCUUCUUUAGACGGGCGAACAGUUUCACACACAGAUGCGCACCGCCCAUCCCCACCGGCGAACUUUGCCGCUGCUCCGCGGAUCUCCCCAAGGUCACGGUACAACCCGUUCUUCGGUUACCCUAUCAGCCCUCAUGCCCCAGCGUCAGGGUCUUCGAUACCACACCUCCAUCACGGGCGCCGACGCAAGCGGGAUCUUGCGAGAACACUUACAAUUCUCUGGUGGAAGAGGUGGAAAACGCCAUUGGUGUUCGGCCUUUACUUGUUCUUAGCGUUAUGCUGUGUUGGGGCGCGGAGUCAAAGAUGGCACUGGGCCAGACUCUUGACUCACCCGGUGUUUGUUCGCUCUCACCAGUUGAUGAACAGACUGGCGAAAGCAUAA